CUUUGACUGAUUUCAGAACCUUCUCAUCUUCCAGAUCCACUUCUAACCGUCUUCUAACCUCUGCCCUACACGCAAACUUUGCGAACACGCAAAUAGCGGUGUGCGGGGUACGGUUGUUAGCCUAGUCAGCACUUUAAAUUUUUCUAGGACUUGACGACAGCAGCAGGUUUCUUUCCGAGGUAGCGGCGCCCCCCGAGCCGGCGGAAGGUGUACCCCGUCGGGACCAUGGCAGGAUGCACGGUGGACCCCCUGGUAGCACGGCUAUGGUUUGAAAGCGUGGAUGUCGACAUGUCAGGACUCUUAGACGCGAAAGAGCUCCGUCAGGCACUUGACAUAGGCGGGUUGGUCUACUCCUUGGAGGAGGCUCACCUAUUCAUAAGAGCCUUCGAUUCCAAGGGCAACCAAACGCUCAACGUUAACGAAUUUGUCGAGCUGCACAAGUUCCUCUCUUCCGUACAAGACACAUUUGCGCUGUACUCACGCGGGGGCCGUGCGUUGGCAGCGUCGAACGCAGCACAGGCGCUGGGCCGCAUGGGUUUCACCCUGGACCCAACCGCCCUGCAAGCGGUACUCCGGCGGUUUGACAAAGCCAACACCGGCAUGUUGGACGUCACGGAGUUCCUGCAUGCAUGCCUCUUCCUGCGCACUGCGGCACGGGCGUUCCAAGCGUUUGACACCGGCAGGACGGGUCGGGUGGAACUCAACUUUAACCAGUUUUGCUAUGCAGCCUCUUACUUGGCGUGAUAGGCUGGUAGCCCCCACGCCGGCUGCUUCCAGUAGCCCGACGCCGGGUGUGAGGGCGGUAGUGGCCCUAAAGGCAGCCGCUGCGGGCUGCCGCCGCCGUUGCGGGCUGUGGCUGCUGUUGCCGGUUACUGCUGCUGCCGGCUGCUGCGGGCUGUCGCUGCGCGUUGCUAUUGCUGUAAGUACCGGUAUGCACGAUGUUGCUCAAACGCCUUGUAAGUAACAUGUUGGUGCGGACAGCUGUGUGCCGACCUGCGGUUUGUGCAGAGGGUCUUGGGCCAGUUGUGUUUUGCCUUGGCACGACUGGCAGUGGCGGGUGGGGCCUAGAUAAGGUGAUCUUGUGACGUGCCAGCAAAGCAUGUGCCAAUGGAAAAGUUGGCGUGCAUUGGCCUAGUUUACCGUUUUCACGAUUGAAGAUUCUGUUGAGGCGUGGAGGGUACAUAGCAGCUUGACGUGCUGUGUUGCAUGUGUGAGGCCAAGCUCGGGUGUUGGGUAUGUUGCUGGUAGCUGGAAGUGUUGUGUGCAUAUAGUCAGCAUACAUAUUAUUUAAGGAGCCACGUCGUGAAAGUGGUCUGUACCUGGUACAUGCAUAUAGUUGCGUUGAUAGUUGGUAGGCUAGGAGUCACGUGGCUGGGUAUCGCAAAAGCUACCGGUAUCCCGAAAGUGCUGAUUCACGUCUAGCCAUGCGCCUGCAUCGUUGCAUGAGAGCAGUGGGUGGCGGUGCAACGCGACAACCCGGACAUCGUGUGGCGAUGUGUCCACUGUCCUGUUUGGGCGAACAAUACUGCCUAGCACAACAGCGUUGCCGUACAUCGCGUCUGCCUGAAUGGCGUAAGACUUACACGUCUUGCCUUACUACCGGCGCCGUACCGGCGCCGUUUGUUUUCCCUGGCACCCGUUUACGGUGUCAGCCAUGUGUUUGCCGGGAGGUCCACAUGACCAUAUGGGGCGUGUGAGUAGUAUUGAAGGAGGAAGGCGGGGCAGGCUGGAAAGACUUGUAAGUCAACAUCAUCAACGUCAACGCCGUACUGGUUUGUUGAUGCACGUGGAGGUUUGUGAACGAG